GUGGUAUUCGAUGAAGCGUUGAAGGUUGUCGGGGAUUUAAUGAGGUUUACAACCAUGUCGGAGAGAGACCUCGCGAAGUUACAACAAAAAUAUGAAGCCUCUUUAGCGGCCAUACGCCCAAACGCCGUUGGGAUUGUGGAUGCUUUUGAUUAUCCAGAUUAUGUACUGGGCUCCGCUCUCGGAGCAUUCGACGGGAACGUGUACCAGCGUUUGCUUGAUGAUGCUAUGCGGAGUCCCUUGAACCAGGAACCAGUUAACAAAACAUUUGAACUGUACCUGAAGCCACUGAUGCGGGCGAAGCUGUAGACGUGAUGCGAGCAGGGAUUUCGAAGAAAAUACCAUUGGCGAACCUAUUGGUGAUAGUUUUCAUUUGAACUUGUUUUUAUUUACUAUUAGACAUGGGAAUUCAGCAGAUACAAACAAUGCUACAUUACAGUUAAAAAUAAAAACAGAUUGUGAGAUUUUCAAAGUUUCCAUUGUAUAAUAUACUAGUAGGUUUCAUAUCCGAAGCUUUCGAUUGUGUCGCUUUGGCCUAUAGAACUUAAAGAUUACGAAUAGUGUUGGCGAGUUUGGCACACUUAACAGAGUAAACGAACGAAUUCGCAAACUAUAACCGAAAAAGUGGUUUUCAUAAUUUUUUUUUAAAUCUCAGACAUAAUACAAAAUUGCUAACGCUAAGAACUCUUGUAAAAUAACAAUACAUUCAAACAGAUGCUUCAUGCUCCUUUAGACGUGAAGAUUUACAUUUCUUUCCUUUCAACAAUGCGAUCUGUAUAAUAUGCGUGUUUUAUAAUAAUAUAUAAAAGAGAAUGAUAGCUUCAUCAAGGGUAUUUGCGCGGCUGUUACGCGAGCUGACGAAAUCGGAUAAUGCGAAGAAUUUGAGUUGUUUCGGUUUAACCAGUCAUCAUCUCCAUGAACUCUGCAA